UACAACUUGGUAGUUCGUUAUCGUUCAGACUGCAGCCAAUCAGGUUCAGUGUCAACGCGAGUCAUGCUGAGAACCUGGGUUGGCAAUAUCUGUGAUUUGUUCGACUUGGUUGAAGUUCUAGGUCCUAGCAUCUCAACACAGCCAAUUGUUCGCGAUGAGUUCUAGAGUUGCGGAUACGUUGUUAGAAGCCGCCAACGAGAAUCCACGCAUUUCCUGUUCUGCGUAGCCGUCUCUUAGUCCGGCGGUCUCUUAGUUCGACUCAUCUUUGUUCUCGACAUUAGUAGACAUUAGUAGGCACAUAUGGCGACGGAAGAAGACUCGCUGGUUCUCGUCGACUGCGGAGAUGCGUACGUGCUCCUUUACGAUUCUAAGUACCAAUCGGUAGAGGAAGCCAUAGUCGACACAGCCGAACACUCCUCUCAGCUCGACGCCUUACCAGAAGAUUCCGUCUACGAACCGCAGCAAAUUGACGAACCCGGAUUUUCUGGGUCGCCAUGGUUACCGGGUUCACCAACAGGGUUUCAAGAUCUACAUCCAGAGUGUGAGGGUUCCCUGAACCCGAAUUUUCGGGCCGUUGGUUCCGCUGGUUCUGCGGAUUCCGCUGGUCCGUCGAAGCAGGCUCUCUCGCUUCACCGCCUGAAGCGAAUAAGCCUGCGAGGCGGGAAGAAAGGCGCGAAAUGGAUCCGGCGAACCGUCGACGUGGUAACCAACGGCAAAGGCGGGAUGUUCUUCCUUCCGGGAAUGAAACCCGGAAGCGCGAGGGGAAACGGAAAGGCAGGCGACGACGAACCUCUCGAAUCAGCGUCGUCUUUGCACGCGUCAGCUUAUAGCGAGGACGAUGAUGUGAUGCCGAGGCUUAUGAACUUAACUCGCGCGCUUAGUAGAGUAACGGAAGCCGAGAGCUGGCAGGAGAGAGGGGAUUCUUGCGACUUACGCAACCGCCUGACUCGGAUCUCGGAUCUUGAAAGUGCUGCUAUCGAGAUUUCCGGCAGUCUGCCUCCAUCGAGUGCCCUUGCAACGGGUAUGAAUAACCCCUUUUAUGACGAUGGCGACGAUGUAUUGUGUGGUAGUGAAGAUGGCAGUGUAGAUAUGGCGAGCUACAGUGAUUUCGGCAUUUCGUUUGAUAUGGUAGGGAAGGCCGGAGCAAGUGGCGAGGAGCAGGGAAGUUUCACGGAAAGGUUCAGGCAAGUGGGGAAGCGGAAUCAGAUGCACAUAAACGCGAUAAGGAGGGUGAAGGAGAAGGAGAGGAGCCGGUCCACCUCGUUAGAAGGUCAACUGCUCGACUCUAUAGCGGAGAAUAGUAACCCCGAAGUUGUGAGCCGCAGGCACAGUGAAAGUAGCGAAGGAGAUUUUAACGAGGAGCGGGAGGCAGGGGAAAGCGGCGCAGACACAGGAUUAGAGGGGGUUUGUGAAUCAGGGGAUGGGUCUGUAGACAUGGCGAGCUACAGUGACUACGGCCUGUCGUUCGAUAUGGUGGGGAAGGGCGGAGCAGGUUCGGAGGGUGAGGGGCAGGUGGGGUUCACGGAUAAAUUCAGGCAAUUGGGGAGGCGGAAUCAGAUGCACAUAAACGCGAUCAGGAGGGUGAAGGAGAGGGAGAGGAACGGCUCUGAUUUGAUAUUGGGCAAUUCGAGUGGCAGAGCCAGUACUGAGGGGGGUGACAGUAUCGAGCGGAUGCAAGUUUCCAAUGCUGCGGGAGUAGCGGAAGUAGGCAGGGCUGUUGGCAAGGCUGCGGGAUGGAAAGGAGGUCUCAGGGGAGGCUGGGCGGUUGCAGGAUUCCAAUGCGGGGGAAUAGCGGAAGCGGGAAGAGCUGUUGGCAAGGCUGGUGGGGAGCUGCCUGGGGAAGUGGCAAGUCAGCGGGGUGGAAGAAAAGUUUUAGAGGAAGCUGGGAGGGGGAUUGGGGAAAUGGUUGGCGAGGGGGGUAGCAGAAAGGUUUCGGAGGAGGCUGGUGUUGAUGGGAGGCGGCGUUGUAACGAUAGCAGGUAUGAUGAUAGCGAGGAUGGUGCUGUUGCAGUUGAUGGUGAUGCCGGGGUGGAUGGUGAUGAUGGGGGUCAUGGUGAUGAUGGGGGUCAUGGGGAUGAUGGGGGUCAUGGUGAUGAUGGGGGUCAUGGUGAUGAUGGGGGUCAUCCAGCUCAGGGUGAGGAUCGUUCUACGAGCAUUACCAAGGCACUCGCUGAGGUUGGGGGUCAGAGCAGUACCAAGGCACUCGCUGAGGUUGGGGGUCAGAGCAGUACCAAGGCACUCGCUGAGGUUGGGGGUCAGAGCAGUACCAAGGCACUCGCUGAGGUUGGGGGUCAGAGCAGUACCAAGGCACUCGCUGAGGUUGGGGGUCAGAGCAGUACCAAGGCACUCGCUGAGGUUGGGGGUCAGAGCAGUACCAAGGCACUCGCACACUCUGAGCCAUCGCCAUCCCUCUCGUACAGCACAGCAACGGACUCCCUUCCUCGCACGGACGCGUCUGCAGAGUCGCUCUCUGGGAGCUUGCUGGCGUCAGCGACGCUUCCCCCAGCCUUGCUGGCCGUGCUGGCCAACAGGGGAGAAGCAGCCUCGGGAGAUUCCAAGGCGCUGGACACGUCGGCGUCGUUUGGUGCUUCAGCAACCUCAGCGUCGUUUGGUGCUUCAGCAGCGUCGGCGUCAUUUGAUUCUACAGCGGCUGCAGCAGCAAUAGCAGCAAAAAUUGCUGCAGAAAUGGCAACAGCAGCCGGCUCCCUUCAGCUACUUGCUGCCGAGUCAGCAUCUCCAGCUCAACCAGAUGCCGCUGAGUCAGCUCCAGCUCACUUCCCUGCUUUUGAGUCAGCGCCAGCUCAGCCGCGCCGUCUGUCCGUCCCCUGCCGUCCAGCCUCUGCUGCCAGGUGGCGUGCCACGUGUGGCCUACCGUCUCGCGCAUCCGUUGAGAGAGAUGCUGAGCUGGCUGCCAGGCUGGCGGAAAUCCGAGCUGGAUACGCUGGGCGGUGGGUGGGUGAGGAUAAGAUCGAAAGGGAUGGCAAGAUGGCUAGGAUUGGCCCAGGGGUUAACGCCAGCAGCAGCAGCAGCAGUUGUGUAGGGAACAGCACUUGUGACAGUAGCGCAAGUGACUGUAGGAGGAUGGAAGGGAUCGGGUCACAGCAUGGGGCGUCAGAGCAGUUGUUACAGAUUCAGUUACAGAAUCAGUUACACAGGGACGUACACAGUCAGUUACAGAAUCAGUUACACAGUCAGUUGCAUUAUCAGCUACGGAGUCAGUUACGGAGUCAGUUACAAAGCCAGGUACAGAGACAGCUAGAGUUUGAGCUAGAGGGUCAGGCACAGCACCAGCAAGCGCUACUGUCCUCUCAGGCACUUGCUGACUCAGAGGCGCAGCAGCAGCAGCCGGAGCAGCAGGAGCAGCAGCAACCGCAGCAGCAGCAGCAGCAGCAGCCGGAGCAGGGAGACUUCCCAACGCCAGGAGCCAUUGCAGGUGGUAAUGAGGGGCAGGAGGCAGAGCCUCUUGGUUUGACUUGUGAUUCACCGAAGGGUGAAGAGGAGGGAGACGAAGCACCAGGAGAUAAAGUCGGCAAGGAAGAUGGAGAGGCGGGGGAAGACGAAGGAAACGAAGAGGGAGGAGAGGGUGAGGGGAGGGUGGGGAAGGGGGUAGUGGGGGGAAAGGGAGAAGGGGUAGCAGGGGAGGUGGCAAUGACUCUGGAGAGGAUUGAAGCUGCUUUCAGUCGAUUCAGCAGUCUUGUUGACUCGGGUAGGGGAGGGGAUCAAAUGGGAGGCGGAGAGGUGGGAGAAGAGGGAGGAGAGGGAUGGGAGGGAGGAGAGGGAGGGGAGAGAGCGGAGGGAGGAGAGGGGGGAGAGGGAGGAGAGGAGGUGGCAAUGACUCUAGACAGGAUAGAAGCUGCUUUCAACGAAUUCAGCAGCAGUGUUGGUUCGAGCAGAAGAAGCGAAUUUAAAGGAUGUGGAGAGGAGGGAGGAGAGGAGCGGGAGGGAGGGGAGCGAGGGGAGGAAGGACAGGGAGGGGAGGAGGUGGCAAUGACUCUGGAAAGUAUCGAAGCGGCUUUUAAAGGAUUCAGCAAUAACGUUGGCUCGGGCAGAAGAAGCGAAGUUAAGGGAGGUGGACGGGAGGGAGGAGGAGGAGAGGGAAAGGGAGGAGGAGGAGAGGGAGGGGAAGGAGGGGAGGAGGAGGUGACAGUGACUUUAGACAGGAUCGAAGCUGCGUUCCAUCGAUUCAGCAGCCACGUCGAAGAGCUCAUAGCACUCAAGAAGCAACACCCUGCUGCUGCUGCUGGUACUGCUGGUGGUGGUGGUGGUGGUGGUGGUGGCGGUGCUGCUGUUGCUGCUGCUGCUGGUACUGCUGGUGGUGGUGGUGGUGGUGGUGGCGGUGCUGCUGUUGCUGCUGCUGUUGCAGCCAUCCCAACUCUGAACUUCGCGGCAAGUCCUGUACCAGCAGGUAACGUGCCAAGUACCCCCACGAAAUCCAGGGUAGACGUGCCAAGUACCCCCAUGAAGCGGGUGUACAGCAUCAGAGUGAAGCCGGCGCACAUGCAAGCAGCCAUGAGAGCAGCGGUACGUGCUGUGCAGGCUGUGCCAUGGGGGAGGGCAGGGCGAGGGGCGGAAGGGGAAGGGGCGGAAGGGGAAGAAGUGACUUUUGAGUCGACUCAGAAGCCGGCCCCCAUGCAAGCAGCCAUGAGAGCAGCUGUGCACGCAGUGCAGGCCGUGCCAUGGGGUAGAGCAGGGCAAGGGCAAGGGGCGGAAGGGGAAUGGGGUCAAGGGGAAGGGGCGGAAGGGGAAUGGGAUCAAGGGGAAGGGGCGCAAGGGGAAUGGGUGCAAGGGGAAUGUGAGCAAGGGGAAUUGGCGCAAGGGCAAUGGGCGGAAGGGGAAGGGGCGGAAGGGGAAGGCGUGCAAGCAGCUCCUUCCCCGGGGUCAACCGUUGGGUUUCCUGCAGAGUCGUCUCUCUGCUCGGAGGAGGAGAUUCUGGCAGUAGCAGCGAAGGUGGAAGCAGCCAUAGGGUGCUUUGACUCGGAUUCCAGGGUAAUUCACCCUGACGAAACGGGCAGCGGCGGGGCAGGAGGGGACGAAGAUGGGAGAGGCAACGGGGCGCUGGAAACGCCCCAGGUUCCGGCUAGAGAGUGCUGAAAGGGGGGAAGGGGAAGGGAGAGGCGGAGGGGGAGAGGGAGGGAGGGCUGGAGGUGGGAUGAUCCGCAUGCCAGCCAAGGUGGUGGCGGAGGGAGGGGUGGGGCCAGGAAUGAUCGUGAGGCGAAAGACCGGGCAGGCCCCGCGCAUGUGGGCGGUGCCUACUAUGGACCUUGAGUCAGCACUGGAGGCGGCUAUGCAAGUGGCUGACAGCGCAGAGGGGGAGGAGAGCGGCCUUGAGGCGCCUCAGAAGAGCAGCAUGGCUCAGAGGGGGAAGGCCGAGCAGCACACAGAUGCCCCUCGGCGGCCGGUGCCUACUAUGGACCUGGAGUCCGCAUUGGAGGCGGCUAUGCAAGUGGCUGACAGGACAGAGGGGGGGGAGAGCCGUCUUGAGGCGCCUCAGAAGAGCAUGGCUCAGAGGGGGAAGAAGACAACAGGGCAGGGUGUAGCUGCGCCUCGCAUGGGGGCAGCACCGGCUACGAUGGACCUCGAUUCUGCACUAGAGGAGGCGAUGAGGAUUGCUGAUAGGAGAGGGAAUUGGAUAAGUCCUGAACCGAACCGGGGGGGGGUGUUGAAAUGCGGCUGGAAGGACACAUGGACUG